UUGGCUCUGUUCAAGCCACCCGCGCUGUACCUGACUGUCGCGUUGUUUAGGACAGAGCGCUUUACGCUGUCCACCAAUAGUGAACUUGGGUCACCAAGGCAUUUAUAAUCCAUAUCCAGCAUUUGUUCACGCACAACUGGGUCGGUAUGGAAGAGGCAGACCUGGUCAAGGAGCGGCUCCAAGCCAUAACGGAUAAGAGGAAAGUCCAAGAGGACAUUGCUCAUAAGAAGCUGGAGAUUGACAAGGAGAAAUUAAAGCUUCAGCACUUAAAGAAAAAGUCCUUGAGAGAGCAAUGGCUCAUGGAUGGAGCAGCCAUCCAGAGCCCACAGCAGAGAGAGACUUUGAGGGGAGAUCAACAACAAACGAAGCUCCUCCAGACCAGCAUCCACAGGAUUGAGAAAGAGAUUGAGGCUCUGGAGAGGGAAGAGACGAUGAUAUCAAAAAACGAGGGCUUCAUACUGAAGAGACUGAAGGCUAUUGAGAAAACCCCUGAGGAGAUAAUAAAGGAGKCAAAUGAGAAUUUCAAAGAAGAACCAAUCUUUAUUUCCCCAGCUACUCUAGAUGUCCCAAAGUUCUAUAAACCUCAAAUUUCAAGGAAGCAGUCCUUUAAAUUUAAUAAGGACACACCCAAACAAACCAUGUUUGCAAUGGAGAUCAACGUCCAGAAGGACCUCCGUACCGGGGAGAGCCGGGUCCUGUCUACAUCCACCGUCACCCCCCAGGAGCUCCAGCAGAGAGGGGUUAAAGUCUACGACGACGGCCGUAAGUCCGUCUAUGCCCUGCAGUCUGACGGGUCUCACCUGGGGAAUGGAGUGGAUGAGCUCAGCCCUAUGGAGGUGGAGGAGCUGCUGCGAGCAGCCACAGAACAGAAGAAGUCUCAGAGAGGACCUCGGGGCCACCAGGGCCAUCAGGAAUCAGCACCUGCAUUUUCCCCCAACUAUAGCCCUCGGGGCCACCAGGAACCAGUGCCUGUAAUUUCCCCCAACUGUGGCCCUCCGGGCCACCAGGAACCAGUGCCUGCAUUCACCCCCAACUGUGGCCCUCGUGGCCACCAGGAAGCAGUGCCUGUAUUCUCCCCCAACUGUGGCCCUCUGGUCCACCAGGAACCAGUGCCUGCAUUCUCCACCCCCUGUGGCCCUCGGAGCCACCAGGAGCUCAGCCCUAUGGAGGUGGAGAAGCUGCUCCGAAAGGCUAUAGUGCAGAAGAUGCCUCAAAGCGGAGCUUUCCCACAGGACCAUCAGGUUCACCAGGAAUCAGUGCCUGCAUUCUCCAGGAGUGCCUCAGCCUCCAACAGGCCCCAACAGAGUCAUGCUAAAGUCCUCCAAGGAACCAAUGGGAAUGGGUAUCAGCCGGAGUUGUAUGAGCAUGACGUCCUCUCCAGGAAGGAGCUCCACUACAUUGAUGGAGUCCACUACUCAGGGCCGGAGAGUCUCUCCUCCUCCCCUCACAUUCCAGUCCCUAUCUGCAGGAAGGACGAGGAGUACUACCAGCCAACCAACGGGUACAACCAGAACCCUUUCUCCUACGGCGGGGAGUUUCACCCCACCCACAACUCUUACCAUAGCCCUAGAGAGAGCCAGCAAGGCRAGAUGUUCUACAACUCGUCGGCUAAAAAGGACCGGAAACCAUCUCCGAUCUACCAGGAAGACUUGCACUUCAGUAUCCUGAACGCCAUAGACACAUCUGAGCCUAUCACUGCGAUCUUUAUGGGCUACCAAACCGCCAAGGAUGACAGUGGACGUGGUCUGGGCUACGAAGGGUCCAUCCGGGCUGAGCUUGUCGUCAUUGGCGAUGAGGAUGGGGUGGACGAGAGUAACCCUCAGCUUAACACCUACAACCCGGAUGGAUACAACAACUGGGGUUAUCAUCAYUCUCAACCUCAACACAAAUUAAUACAGUACAUGGCAGAGUCCACCGCUAAUAUUAACGCUAACAAUGCGUCACCAUACACAGCGUCAAAGAAGUUGGUCUACCCUGGUCAACAGGCCAAAGAGGCAUGCUACCCAUAUUCAGACGGACAGUUGGACGGGACAGAGAAGCACUCAGCCCCAGCUUCAAGUACGUGUAUGGAGAAACCUGAACAGUUUGUGUAGAAAUACUCCAUGCAAGACUCAUCAACCCUUCAAGUUCCAUGACGAGAAGGAAGAAAAACAUCUUUGCGCAACACAUUCGACUAACACCAAGCACACUUCUGUGAGGCCAUCAAUAGCUCAAAUCAAAACUUUAUAUUUGGAUUCUAAAUAUAAUUCUCAAUAUAAGGUUCUGUUUAAAAGUGGUAAACAUGUUUGCUCAUAAUGUUUCCUUACACAGAGUAUUAGAGCUUAAAAUAUACCAAUGAUGUCAUUUUGAGAAGGAACAACCAGUCUAAAACAGACUUUUGAAGGGAAUCGCUGAUCUUAAAUUAAAAAUCUGCUCGUUCAAUGUUCCUGAAGAUAUCAGUGCAUUUGAUGUUUACUCUCCAGCCUUUAUGCUGCUGCCAGAUAUAUUUUCCUCCUCUACUGUAGGCUACUAGCCAGCACUUUUGAUAUGCUAAGUGCCUUAAUGUAAUUUGCUGUUGAAACUGUAACCUGCUUGCAUAUUUGUAAAAGAUAAUCAUGCUAACUAAAUAAUUAAAAAGCUAAUUGUCACACAA